GGGCUUUUGUGUCGCGCAUAGUUCGGUUUGUGGCGCAAUCAUUUUGGGUAGCCCUCUACUUAAGAAGUUAUGAAAAUUUGUUCAACCGUCUGAUUAUCAUACCACCCAUGGAUUUUGAUGAAGUACUUAAAGAGGUCGGAUCCUUUGGUUUGUACCAAAAAAUUAUUAUUUGUUCGGUACUGCUGCCUGCCGCGCUACCUUGUGCCUUCCACGCUUACAGCCAAUUAUUUAUUGCAGCGUCGCCGAAACACUGGUGCCGUGUACCCGAACUGGAACCAUGGGCGCAGGACUACGGGAUGUUGGUGAAAAAUCUUAGCAUACCAUUGGGUGCUUCAAAUAACAGCGUUGAAUACGAAAGUUGCCAAAUGUACAAUCGUAACUACUCGGAUAUUGUGCGGUACAUGGAAUAUCGUACGCCUAUUGAGUUGCAACAGGAUAAGGUCUGGCAGAUAGGUAAUCCAGGUCAUGGGCAGAUACAAGCAUGUCAACAUGGCUGGUAUUACGAUCGUAACAUGUACACCAGCACAGUGGUUACGGAGUGGAACCUUGUUUGCGAUCAGAGCUACUUGGUCACGCUCGCUUUGGUUUUGUUUGGUGUUGGAGGUUUGAUUGGCAACUAUAUGUUCGGCUAUUUGCAAGAUAUGUGGGGACGACGUCCUUCCUUCUAUGUAUACCUUAUCAUAGAAAUUGUCGCAUGCGCGGCUAGUGCCUUCGCAUGGAACUACUACUCAUGGUUGGGUAUGCGUUUCGUGGUGGGUCUUACCGUGCCAGCCAUACUUGCAAGUCCUUAUGUUUUAGCUAUCGAACUGGUUGGUCCUGACAGACGCGUCUUCUGUACAAUAGUCUCCAAUAUUGCUUACUCGUGUGGUCUAGUACUAUUGGCUGGUAUAGUCUAUCUUAUAAGGGAUUGGCGCUUUCUCACACUAACUGUCUCACUCCCUUUAUUAUUGCUGUUUUCCUGCUACUUCGUGCUACCCGAGUCGCCACGUUGGCUGAUUGCAGUGGGUAAGACGCAAGAAGCGGCACGUAUUUUGAAAACCAUAGCUCGGGUCAACGGUCAUAAUAUUCCGCCAGAUUUCGUAAAAAUUAUGCAACAAAAACUACAACAAACAGAUGCGGCAAUGAGAGGAGAAUCUGAGUCAUCUUAUGGCAUUUUGGACUUGUUUCGCACUCCGAAUAUGCGUCGCAAAACUUUAAUUAUCACGCUAAUUUGGUUUGCAAACACCAGUGUCUAUGUCGGAUUAAGCUAUUAUGCACCAGCUCUGGGUGGCGAUGAGAUAUGGAAUUUUUUCCUGGCCGGUGUUGUAGAAUUGCCCACUUAUUUUAUUUUGGGGCCAGGUUUAAGCUACUUUGGACGGCGCUGGAUACUUUGCAUUUCUAUGUUGGUGGGUGGUGUUGCCUGUGUAUUGACGUUAUUAUAUGAUGAGCAGCCAGAGGUAAUGUUGUUGCUAUACUGUGUCGGUAAGAUGGGAAUUUCGUCGGCAUUUGUUGUGCUUCCGCUUCUCGCCUCUGAACUCUACCCAACAGUAGUGCGUGGCCUAGGUAUGAGUUUCAGUUCGGUUGUUGCGAUGAUCGGACCGAUUGUCAUACCCAUUAUUAAUCACAUGGGCCAACAUAUGCUUGUUCUACCGUUAAUUAUAAUGGGCACGCUAUUAAUAAUCGGUGGUUUGGCGAGUCUGUUUCUACCAGAAACGCGAGGUAAAAAUUUACCACAAACCAUUGAGGAGGGUGAAGCGGUACCGUUGAGUUUCUUCAAUUGUGUUUGCUGUUGUUGUUGUACAAAAACACCACGUAGCCCCGAUUUGAAUAACUCGGCUUUAGUAGCGAAAUAUAAGCGGCAGCGUGAGCGAGAGCAAAUAGGACGAGGACGACGCCAGCCAAUAACAGUUUGCAGUAUUUGCAAGAACGAAAUCAAGGAAACGUGACAAAACCAUUCAUAAGUACCAAAUAGGAGUAUUAUUAUUACCAUAAUCUUAAGAGUAAUGAAGCUGUUCGAAUUUGACAAAUCAUAAUAAAAGUAUUUUCCGUUGCUUGAGCAAG